AUGAGCGUCAGUAUAGGUGUCCGUGGCCUAGCGUUAAGGUCCGCUUCAAAAUCGCUGCUUAGCCAAAGUAUUCAUCGCACUUCAAUGGUAAUUGGAACUCGUCAUAUGUCAUCCACUCCAGAGAAACAGGCAGAUCCAAAGGUAAAGGCCAAUUCUCUCAUUAAUGCUAUUCCAGGUAACAACAUUUUGACAAAAACUGGGGUUUUAGGGACCUCUGCUGCUGCUGUCAUUUAUGCCAUUUCCAACGAGUUGUAUGUUGUUAACGAUGAAAGUAUUUUAUUGCUGACUUUCUUAGGUUUCACUGGUCUAGUCGCAAAAUAUUUAGCCCCAGCAUAUAAAGAUUUCGCUGACGCAAGAAUGAAGAAGGUCUCCGAUGUUUUAAACACUUCCAGAAACAAGCAUGUCGAAGCCGUUAAGGAUAGAAUUGGAUCUGUCUCUCAAUUGCAAAAUGUUACUGAAACCACAAAGGUUUUGUUUGAUGUUUCCAAGGAAACUGUCGAACUUGAAAGUGAAGCUUUCGAAUUGAGACAAAAGGUGGAUUUGACUCACGAAGCAAAAGCUGUCUUGGAUUCAUGGGUUAGGUACGAAGCCUCUUUACGUCAAUUGGAACAAAGGCAAUUGGCAAAAUCUGUCAUUGCUAAAGUUCAAUCCGAACUAGGAAGCCCAAGAUUCCAAGAGAGAGUUUUACAACAAUCCAUCGCUGAAAUCGAACAACUGCUUUCCAAAUUGAAGUAA